AACGUGUAUGAAAGACGCGAGUUUCAUGUUGAAACUCCUCUACGAGGAGUUCAGCCUCUUCCGUUGCCUAGAUCACUUCAUGAAUGUGUAGAGAACGGAAUCUUGCACAUUGACAGGGCAGCCCGUUUAAUUUUAUCGAAGAUGCAUCGCCAAGAGUUUAACGAAGCGAUCUACUACGAGUUUAUCAGAUCCGAUAUCGUACUACGCGCUAAAAUCACUUACGGCAGUUUGAAUCGCAUGGUAGGAUUGGACAUCCACUCGCUAUGGCAUAUUGCUAAUCGCAUGACAGUACGGCUGCACAUUUUGGGAUGUCAUAUAUUCCGGUUUUUUUGCUCAAUCAGGUCAUUCUUACCGGUAUCUAAAAGUGCUCUCUCAGUAUCAGCAUGGCUGCUGUGCUUUACUUGUUUUCAACACGGUGCUUAGCGUAAAAGGUAUUGAUGAUAUUAUAGUUGUUGCCUGUUGUGUUCUGCUUUUGAUUCUGUAUUAUGUCGUUCUGUAAGUCUUUGGAUAAUAAAUCUGCCAUCAUCAUACCUGUAUACAU